AUGGCGGCUCCUAAGGCAGCGGCCCAAGCCAGAGUCUUCCGUACGACAGGGAUGCCCACAGAAAGGGAACCUCAACCCCUUCCGCCCAGCUACCGGAAGUUCCCAUUUGAAACAGAGGCUGGCGGCGCGGCGGUUGCUGUGGAGCAUCUUUUGAACCACCGUAACGAAGACUGCGGGCGGGAGCGGCUGGCGCCUGGGGCCCAGCCGUGCCGCGUCGUUACGAUGGCCAGUGUGGUUAAGACAGUGUACAGCCUGCAGACCCCCUCUGUGCUGAGCGGCAGCCUGCCCGCAGAUGCACAAACUCGAGCUACUUCUAAGAGUCUGUUACCUGUUAGGACCAAAGAAAUUGAUGCUUCCAGACAUCUUAAUUCAGGAGGUUCAGAGAAUGAUAUUACAAAAAUCACCAAAUCAAGACGAGAGAAUGGGCAGAUGAAAGCUGCAGACACUGCCAUUAGGAGGAACACCAGGAAGGGCUACAAACCAUUGGGCAAGCAGAAAUUAGAGGAAGAGCUCAAGGAUAAGAACCAGCUCUUAGAGGCCGUCAACAAGCAAUUGCACCAGAAGUUGAUUGAAACUCAGGGAGAGCUGAAGGACCUGACCCAGAAGGUGGAGCUGCUGGAGAAGUUUCAGGACAACUGUUUGGCAAUUUUGGAGAGCAAGGGCCUCAACCCAGUUUCAGGCGGUGAGACCCCAGCAUCACAGCAAGAAUCCACUACAGAUCACACAGACUCUAUGUUGCUGUUAGAAACUUUGCAAGGUGAGCUGAAGCUUUUUAAUGAAACAGCCAAAAAGCAGAUGGAGGAGUUACAGGCUUUAAGGGUAAAAUUGAAAAUGAAAGAAGAAGAAAGGACACGAUUCCUAGAACAGCAAACCUUAUGUAACAAUCAAGUAAAUGAUUUUACAACAGCCCUUGAGGAAAUGGAGCAGCUAUUAGAAAUGUAAUAAAAAGCAAGUGGCCAGAUGGCUCCCUCUUGGGGAUAAACUCUCAGAGGAAGCCACUUGGAAAAUCAUCUUGGCCAUGAUCUUCUGGGACUCACCAUCCCCAGAAUGAAAAGAGUUUCUGCAGUAGGAUUAAGGACAGUUUAUGUUGGAAUAGUGGUUCCUCCUCUAAGCAGAUUUUCCCAACCUUCAGAUUGGUCAGCUCUCCUAAGCCUCAGAUGUAGAUAAUUGAAUCCCGUAAGAGGGGGAUAUGGAAGCAUUGACCUCCCAGGCAACGAAGCAGCACACCAUUAGGAUCAGGAGACUAAACCAUCUAUAGCCAGAGGCCCUAAAAGGUCACCUUCAGAUUGGCAUGAAGAAAACCUUAAUUACAUUGGAGCACAGGCACACCACAGGAGACAUCAUUGAGGAGCCAUGCUGUCGCCUUCUAACUUGGAACACAUUCUGUCUCAUCUGGGUUGGACUUCUGUACCUCAUUGUUAAUUUAUGAACUUUAAGUUGCUUGAAGUGUUUUUGGCUUAAUAAAGGGGGUGAAGGUAUAUUUAGUAAUAACACCUACCUGAAACA